CUCUGUCGCCCCUUCCUUACGGUAAAACGGAAAACCUGCUUCGCCCGUACUGCGGUUAUUACGGCCGAACGUUUGUCAGUCCGGAUCACGUGAUCGCGGCAGUGGUGAACGAAAGUCGGAUCAUCUCCAUCACCACACAGCAGCGCGGAUGAAACACCGGUCAAACUCAGAGCUGCAUCCGGGGAAAAGGCCCCGUGUUCCCGCCGCGGCAGCCUCCACCUCUACCUCACCUCAACACGGCAUGGAGGACAAAACACCGUCAAAUCCGCGGGAACUCACCCAAAACCCCCUGAAGAAAAUAUGGAUGCCGUGUAAAAAUGGCCUUCCUGAAAAACACAUUUCUCAAAGAAAGGUAUGUAUGACCAACUGCCCCACGCUGAUAGUGACAGUGGGGCUUCCUGCCAGGGGGAAGACUUAUAUCUCCAAGAAGCUGACCCGCUAUCUCAACUGGAUCGGAGUUCCCACAAGAGAGUUCAAUGUGGGGCAGUACAGGAGAGAGUUUGUGAAGAUCUACAAGUCCUUUGAGUUCUUCCAUCCAGACAACGAGGAAGGGUUAAAGAUCAGACGAAAAUGUGCCUCAGCAGCGUUGAACGAUGUGCGACAGUAUCUCACAGAAGAACGAGGCCAAGUGGCGGUUUUUGAUGCAACAAACACCACCAGAGAAAGAAGGGAGACCAUCAUCCAGUUUGCAGAGCAGAAUGGAUUUAAGGUGUUCUUUGUGGAGUCUGUGUGUGAAGACCCAGAUGUCAUACAGGAGAACAUAGUGCAAGUGAAGCUAGGUAGCCCGGACUACACCAACUGUGACACGGAGGAAGCAGUAGAAGAUUUCCUGAAGAGGAUCAAGUGUUAUGAAAACUCAUACGAGACUCUAGAUGAAGUCCUGGACAGGGACCUCUCCUACAUUAAAAUCAUGGACGUGGGUCAGCGGUACAUGGUCAACCGGGUGUUGGACCACAUCCAGAGCCGGAUCGUCUACUACCUCAUGAACAUCCACAUCACGCCGCGCUCCAUCUACCUGUGCCGCCACGGGGAGAGCGAGCUGAACAUCAAAGGGAGAAUCGGAGGAGACUCGGGCCUCACAGCGAGCGGAAAAGCGUUUGGGAAGAAGCUGAGCCAGUUCCUCGAGACGCAGGGCAUCAGCGACCUGAAGGUGUGGACCAGUCAGAUGAAGAGGACCAUCCAGACGGCCGAGGCUCUCAACGUGCCCUAUGAGCAGUGGAAGGUCCUGAACGAGAUCGAUGCAGGCGAGUGUGAGGAGAUGAUGUACGAGGAGAUCCAGGAUCACUUUCCUCUGGAGUUUGCUCUGAGGGACCAGGACAAAUACCGCUAUCGGUACCCCAAAGGAGAGUCCUACGAGGACCUGGUGCAGCGGUUGGAGCCGGUCAUCAUGGAACUGGAGCGCCAGGAGAACGUUCUGGUCGUCUGUCACCAGGCCGUCAUGCGCUGCCUGCUGGCCUACUUUCUGGACAAGACGGCAGAGGAGCUGCCCUACCUGAAGUGCCCGCUGCACACCGUGCUGAAGCUGACGCCCAUGGCCUACGGCUGUAAGGUGGAGUCCAUCAGCUUAAACGUGGAAGCAGUCAACACACACAGAGAACGACCAGAGAAUGUGAACAUCCAUCGUUCGACUCGAGACGCCCUACUCACCGUCCCCUCUCACCUCUGACAGAGACCUCCCCUGCCUUUUCUGGUGGUCGCUUCACUUCUCCAUCGAGCAAAACCUGCCCUUAUUGAUGACCCCACUGCCACACACACUGUAACCCUUCUAUUUUUAUUAGACAAAGCUUAACCUGAAUAUAUUUUGUCUUUGAGCCUCAGUGUUCUUACUUGCAAGCUACAAAGUGUGGCACUCUUGAUCUAAUAUACGUUAUUUAUCAAACACGGAUUUGUUGUUGCUGUAUUCGUUGAUAUUGUGCAGCAGUAUCAUUAAAACUGAAGGGUGAAGUAUUAUUCCUGUUGUUUUAUCUAAUGAUGUUCAGCUAAACAUGCUGCAAUCCUUGUUUAAUGUUGUGUGUCUGCAGUUGUGUCGUGCAAUUCAAAGGUUGAAAACCUAAACGCAUCACUACGAAGCUUUUGAUUCUGUGGUGACUGAAUGAAGAAAUGAAUGAUGGUUAUCAGUGUCAUGGUAAACACAAACCUAACAUUGUAUACAGAUGGUUAAUUAUAUUUCAAUUAAAUGAUAUUGAAAAUGCAACAUUAGCUCAGAGCUUUAUAUCUCAUGACUUGUAAAUGUGUUAUUUUUAUAAACCGACACGUUGUCCCCUCUAUCAUUACGGGUUUCACUAUUUAUUAGGGCUGCACUGAUGAUCAUUUUCAAUCGCUAAUAAUCUGCCUGUACUUUCAGAUGAAUAGUUGAAAUAUUCAACUUUGUUUCUUGUCCUGCCAACUAGUAGUAUUCAGUGUGCUAUAAUAAAUAAUAAAGACAUAUUCACAAUUUA